UGCUGUCACGAUGAGGCACUGUUCUUCUUCUAACUUCAGCUCCUCAGGCUUGGUGAUAACAAUUUUGAUCUUUUUACCCUGAUCACUGUGUGGAAACAUUUUAUCAAACAAAAGGAAGCAUGAGAUGGAUAAUUUAUAUAACACUGACAGUUGGCGGCAUUCUGCUGUCCUCUUCAGAAUCCCAAUUGUCAGUCAUUCUUCAAAAAGAAAAGAAGAUGUCUGAUGAGGGAAGAAAUGUGAUCUUCACAUGCCUGCUGGUAACUGAUAAAAUAAUAACUAGCAGCUCAAUCAGCUCUUUUGAGCUCUACAGGGAUGGACACCUGGUCACCUCCAAACCCAUGCAUGCUGUGAGGGCAACCACCUUUAGUGUUAACAAGGCCAGCGAUGGGAGCUACACGUGUGUGUUCAGGAUGGGACAACGUUACAGCAUUGAGAGUGCACCUGUCACCCUGCGGGAUAAAGGGGAGACCACCCGGGAACCGCAAUGUGCGGACAGCUGCCAAUAUAAAUUGGUUGUCAAUGACAGUGGAACUCAAGAUACAGAAACAACAGGUACAGAUUGGGGUUGGAGUACUGGUGUCUACAUUGUGGCCGGAGUGGUUGCAUCCCUGAUAUUAGUGAUGGUUGGAAUAGUAAUUUAUGUCAUGAGGAAACAAGGUGCUAAAGCUCAACUUCAGGCAGCUGCUUCAACACCAAAUGAAACCCACCAGGAGGGAGAUGCAACACUUUUGUACUCAGAGCUGCAAUACAACAACACUCACCAAAAAAGCAUAUUACCAAAAAAGCAACAUGAAGAUGUGAUGUACGCUCAGAUUGCACCAAAGAAGCAGGCGGUGAAUGUGCGACUGUCCUCCCAGUAUGCAGAAAUAGCACCACCCUGAAUGAAGACUCAUCUCUCUGCCACACUAUUCUAUCAUUCAAUUGCAUGUGGAAACAUGAUAAAGACCUUCUAUCAAGAUGAAUUAACAUGAACUGUAAUUUAUAUGCAUUUCUUCUUCAGUGACGUCAAUGCAAUAAACUGUCUUCCUUUGAGUCUCUUUUUAAUACUGAGAGCAUCAUCACAUCGUCAUAAAGAUUACAGGUUGUGAUGUGCCUGUAACAUCUGAAGACCUUCAUGGAACUUAAUGUCUCACCAUUUCAAGUGUGUGUGUGUGUGCGUGGGUGAGUACGUGUGUUAUAGUGGCGUAGCCAGAUAUAGAUAAGUGAGUGGGCCUAGAAAUGAUUUGGAUGGGCAAGCAAU